GCGACACAAAUUAAUGGUUGGAUCUCUGCGUAUGUAUGCGAAUGAGAAUGGAUACAACGUAUGUGUUAUUUUGUGUACCUGUGUGUAUAUUUGCAAUAAAGUGACGUACAGGUUGACAGAGAGGGGAAUAAAAAGGAGGUGGUUCGUCGUUUCGGAUGAAUACUUCUUUUUUAAGAAUUAUCUUUCUUAUUGGAAAGAAAUCAAUUAAGACGCUAAAGAAAUUCUGUUGAAUUGAAAACGUAAAACGACGUAAUAACGUUCAAGUGUAACGACAUGUUUAACGAGCAUUACAAACGGAAUGACGUGUAAGGUUAUAAGACAGGUGGGAGAAGAGAAGGAGGGGGCGCUUAUUUUCGUCCUUGGGCGAGCUUUCCUGGAACGAGGACGAAGGACAAGGGAGAAACUCAGAAGAUGAGAACAAGGGAAGAAGCAGGUCCUUCAAAGCCGUCCGGGUCUGCGGAAGAGAAGGAGAAAGAGAAGGAUGACAGGAUGUUUGAAUGUAACAUCUGUUUGGACACAGCCAAGGAUGCGGUGGUCAGUAUGUGUGGCCACCUGUUUUGUUGGCCAUGUCUGCAUCAGUGGCUAGAGACCAGACCUACCAGACAAGUCUGUCCAGUGUGCAAAGCUGCUAUAAGCAAAGAUAAAGUCAUUCCAUUGUAUGGUCGUGGUGCUACAAAGCAUGAGGAUCCGAGGAAUAACGUACCGCCACGUCCGGCCGGUCAAAGGUCAGAGCCUGAAACCAACGUUGGCUUCUCUGGGUUCGGUUUCGGCGAUGGAUCCUAUAUGUCGUUCGGCAUUGGUACUUUUCCUUUUGCUUUCUUCACUUCAACUUUUAACUUCGGAGAGACACGACCAAGCCCAGCUCCCAGGGGCACACCGCAAUAUGAAGAGGAACAAUUCUUAUCCAAGGUAUUUCUGUGGUUGGCGUUGAUAUUUAUUUGCUGGCUGCUGAUGGCGUAACGUCUACUAAAUCACGUCUGUCUGCCCCGUGCAAUUUGUACGAUUUUUACGUAACCGUGUUUGAUUCAUAAUGUUUGAUCACCGAUGCAUCUCUUGGUCUCUAUCAGAUUGUAAGUCAAAUUCUCUUCAAAAAGAAAAAAAAAUGUAGGUCUAUUUAUGUGUGUCUUUCAGGGGUGAUUAAAAAAUUACGAUUUAUAAUUCGUUUCUUCCUACUUUUAUGUCGGAGAAGUAAAUACAUUCUCUACAAACUGUUUAAUAUUUUGUUGAUAGUUUUACGUACUUCGAAUAGGUCGAUUCUUUUUCCAAUUUUGAACAACUCUGAUAUUUCGAUGUAUCCAUUUUAUGUAAUAUGUAUAUAAAUAUAUAUUAUCUGUAGAAGAAAGCGCGUAAGUUGCCAUUCAGUAUAUUUCAAGAGUAUACUGUAUAGCUUGAAAGUGAAGAUUCAGAGAACGGAUAUUAUUAAGAAAUAUAUAUUUAAGAAACUGCGUACACACAUUUUCUGCGAAAAACUGUGUGCAAAUAUUCGAACAAUGUAUAUUGUUCUAGAGAGUUUAAGCUUAUAAAGUAUAAAAUGUAAUAUAUAAUGUGCGAUAUAAACGUGAAUUCUGGCGGGAAUUAUCACCAGAGUAACAUCAUUUUAUUCAGUUUUUUGUUGUUUUCAUACGUUUUUCGAUUUGAUUUCAUCUGCUGUAAAGACUUGUAAUUCCGCGAAGUAUGGCUUUUGUAAAUUAUGAUAUGAAUUGCGAAUUGUUUUACUUAAUAUAUUUUACAAGAAACCCUUUAAGUGACAAAAGUGUGCUGUGCAUCCUUUUUCAUAUUUUUGAUCGAGAAAUAAAAUGAGAAUAAUUUA